AGUUCCCGAGCACCUUGUGAGGAGUAUAACGUGGCAGACUCUAAAAGCUGUAAACUUCUGUCACAAACAGAACUGCAUCCACAGAGACGUGAAGCCAGAGAACAUCCUGAUCACCAAACAGCAGGUCAUCAAACUCUGCGACUUCGGAUUCGCCCGGAUACUCACGGGCCCCUGUGAUUACUACACGGACUACGUGGCGACGCGCUGGUAUCGGGCCCCCGAGCUGCUGGUGGGCGACACGCAGUACGGCGCCCCGGUGGACGUGUGGGCGGUUGGCUGUGUGUUCGCUGAGCUGCUGUCGGGGGUCCCACUCUGGCCCGGAAAGUCUGACAUGGACCAGCUGUACCUGAUCCGCAGAACCCUCGGAGAUCUGACCCCCCGACAUCAGCAGGUGUUCAGUAGCAACCAGUUCUUCUGCGGGGUCUCCAUCCCCGAGCCCCAGCAGAAGGAGCCUCUGGAGCAGAAAUACCCAAACGUCUCUCACCAGGCUCUGAGUCUCAUGAAGGAUUGCCUGAGGAUGGACCCCUCGGAGCGUCUGUCCUGUGAGACGCUGCUGCAGCAUCCGUACUUCGACAGCCUGCAGGAGAAGAGCAGCUCGUCUCAGGACCGCUCCGGGAACAGGAGGACCAGACUGACCCGAAAACACCUCCCUCCUGGGUAUCUGCCUCAGCUGACGAGCAGCAGCAUCUUCCCGUCGCUGGAUAAUAAAAAAUACAACAACAACCUGCGCCGGUUCAACUACCACCUGCCCAACAUCUGAGGAAAUAUCUAAACAUUUUUAAUUAACGAGAGGAUUCAAACAUUUUAUAAUGUUAUGAUCCUGAUGUCACUCUAUGCACUAUUUGCCGACACGUGCACUCAGUGGGUAUUUCUCAAUGUCGAGGACGCUUCCUUGGUAGGACAUGUCUUCCGAGUCACUUCCUUCAGAAGCGAGGCAAGAAUCCUUCCUAGCCUCGGAAAACGAAGAAUGGAGGAACAGGCGAGCAAGUGUGCAGGUGUGCGUCAUGAGAGGCCCCGCCACAGAUUUGUGAAAUUGGUCCGUGUGCAAAGCAUUGUGGGGAUUUUAAGACCGCGGAGUCUACACCAUGUGCAGCCUCGAAAUGUCUUGCUACGAAGGACGCCGGGCUCGGUAGAAUUCCAAGGAUCCUGGACAUUGGAACAGUCCUUCGGCGGGACUCGAUGACGUAGCAUCCUUGAAAUAGUGGCUCUGGAGCAUCCUUCCUUGACAUUGAGAAACACCCAGUUUUUUUAUCUGAUUUUCGUGUAUUUUGUGUAGUUUUUUAAAGACAAAGACCGCCGCUCUGCUUGUAAAAUUGAAGGUCCGUGUACUGCCUUUCCUUUGUUUGCCAAAUGUAUUUUUUAUAUAUAACGAUGGGGACUCUUUGAAAGAAAAAUGUUUUUAGUGAGUUUUUGACACAAACUUUGAUAUUUCUGAAACUAUUUAUUGACGUCAGGACUGAAUAUUCUUGAAAUAUUACGUAAUAAAUUGAUUAAUUGUCAUAUAUGUACACAAUUUUAUAAUAAACAGCCUGAAUGCAACAUGUCCCAACUUCCCUGCAUUUAAAAAAAAGUAAUUAUUACAUAUUGCUGUAGUUAGUCGGACUGCAACGAUUAAUGAAUCAUCAGAAACAUUUAUUUUCACUCAUUUGUAUGCAAACAUUUCAGAAACUGCUGUUUUAAUCCUUUAAAAUCUAAAUGUUUGCUGAUUUUCUCUUUUUUAUAUCAUAAUAAAGUGAAUAUCCUGUAUUUUAGAAACCGGGAUGGAUGUUUUUCCCCAUUUUAUGACAUUUUAUAGGCUUAAAAAUGUAACAAUUAAUGAUAUAAUUAAACUGUAAAAAUACAUGCGAUUGAAAUAAACAACCAAAAUAUUUGUCUUAA